CGAGGGAGCGGAAGUUCUGUUUGGCGCGCGCCGCCGACGGCCGAGCGGCCGGCUGUGCUCUUCGGGUCUCGCGAUGUGGCUGGCGUCGGGGCGCUCCGGGGUCCCCGAGGCGCUGUGGCUGCUGCUGUUGCUCCUGCUGCUAGCGGCGCGCGGGGCAGCGGCUUUGGAGCCCCUGAGCGUGGGCCUCGCUAUCGGGGUGGUGUCGGCGUUCACCGGCUACCUGUCCUACGAGGACUGGUACUGCCGCUUCGCCGAGUGCUGCGAUGCGCAGCGGCCGCUCAACGUCUCCGCCCUCAAGCUGGAUUUGGAGGAGAAGCUGUUCGGACAGCAUCUGGCCAAAGAAGUGAUUCUCAAGGCGCUGACCGGCUUCAAGAACAACAGAAACCCCAAGAAACCUCUCACCCUGUCCCUGCACGGCUGGGCCGGCACGGGCAAGAACUUUGUCAGUCAGAUCGUGGCCGAGAACCUGCACCGGAGAGGCCUGAAGAGUAACUUCGUCCACCUGUACGUGUCGACCCUGCACUUUCCCCACGAGCAGAAGAUAAAACUGUACCAGGAUCAGCUGCAGAAGUGGAUCCGUGGGAACGUGAGCGCGUGCGCCAGCUCGGUGUUCAUAUUUGACGAGAUGGAUAAGCUGCACCCCGGGAUCAUCGACGCCAUCAAGCCUUUUCUCGACUACUACGAGCAGGUGGAUGGAGUGUCCUACCGCAGGGCCAUCUUCAUCUUCCUCAGCAACGCAGGCGGGGACCUCAUCACCAGGACGGCGCUGGACUUCUGGCGGGCAGGGAGGCAGAGGGAGGAGAUCCAGUUAAAGGACCUGGAGACUGUGCUGUCCGUGGGCGUCUUCAACAACAAGCGCAGCGGCCUGUGGCACAGUGGCCUGAUAGACAGAAACCUCAUCGAUUACUUCAUCCCCUUCCUGCCCCUGGAGUACAAGCACGUGCAGAUGUGCGUGCGUGCGGAGCUCCGGGCCCGCGGGGCCGCGGUGGACGAGGAGGUUGUCACCAAGGUGGCGCAGGAAAUGACGUUCUUUCCCAAAGACGAGAAGAUCUACUCCGACAAGGGCUGCAAGACUGUGCAGUCCCGGCUGGAUUUCUACUGAGCAGGCCUGGCCUCGAGGAAGCACUUUAAAGACCCUCCGGGGUCUGCACACUUGCACCUGGGGACGUUGGGGGCCUCGGGGUCCCGAGUGAGCUGGGACCCUGAUCCUCACCUGAACCCGCUGCGCUGGAGCAGUUUUUAAAGUCCCCAUCAUCCACCGCUGCCUUCACCCAGUGCCUUAGGACAGCUGUUGCGUGGCCCGGGAAGCCACUGCUGUGACGUAAGGGGUCCUUGGCACCCCUUGGGCGCCCAUGCCACCCACCAGGGUCGCUCCCACCCUGCACUGCUUUGCACGAAGAACUGCCAACACAAGCGUUUCUCGCAGCCUCGGGUGGCACUGGUGGAGGCCAGCGGGGUCUGCGGGGAGGAUGUGGCACCCGUGGCCUCCUGGCCCCCGUGGAGCAGGACGCACAGGGCCUUGGGUGGUGCUGAGCUCUGGCCGUGGGGUCCCCUCGUCCCCGUCCCAUUCUAGUCACAGGCAGUACUAGACCCACGGCCCGUCCUUGCCAGAGCCUGAGGGGCACGGGAGCCUGGUGCCCGCGUCCACAGCCUCUCCUGUUACACUCCCCCCUGGUCAGGCUCGGUCGUGCAGGACCACGGGGAGCUAGUUUCUACUCCUUGAUCUUAGGAGGUUACUUUUAUUUUUGGUUCUGUUUUUUUGAACUGGGAACCAAACUCUCACUUACCAGGCGGGCACUGCACUGCUGAGCUAUACCUCUGGCCCUUUGGUUUUUUUGAGGCAGGGUCUCACUAUGUAGCCCAGGCUGGCCUCGAGCUCUUGGCAGUCCUCCUGGCUCAGCCUUCCGGGUGCUGGGAUGACAGGCACGGACACAGUGGCGGACACUGCAGUGUUUCAUAGCCAGGGAAGGAAGAAAAUGGAACCGUUGCUUCUCUUCUCAGCUACUCGAAACAUGGUGCGAAUUUUCACUCUUAAAGGCAGCAUAUUGUGGCCACAGUAUAGGUCAAACAAGGUCAUGUUACCAUGUCGCCCUGUGGUACGAGGCCAGGCUGCACUUCACAACCAAGACUUGACGUUAGUACCGGGUGCGGCACUGUUACACGUGCAGCGUGGCAGGAGGGGACUGUUUCCAUGGAAAGCCCCAGAGCGCAUCAGACGCAGCCUUCACAGAGUGCCAAGGUGAGCGGGCAUGGCGGCACCCACCUGUGAUCCCAGCACUCCGCGGCUGAGACGGGAGGAUGGCUGAGAUCAAAGCCAGCCUGAACUGCUUAUCCAGACCCUGCAAAACUUAACGUUUUAGGGCUUAGUCUCAUUGGAGCUGAGUUACCUUUCUUUUACAACCUGUGGAGUGCCCAGUGUUGAGCGGAGGACGUUUACGAUGACGCAACAAACCCCUGACGUGUUGGCUACCUUUGGCGAGGCUGUGUCAGUCCCGCCCCGCCCCGCGUGAGAUGGGCCAGGAGCGUGGACCGACCCCGUGAAUCGGGAGCAAUAAAGCCUAAAGGUUAUGUCA